AUGCACGCGCGGAGUUGCAAAAAGUGUGAGGACCAAGAGCUAAGUAUUCAAAGCAUCAAAUUUGUUGGUGGGGCGCAAUGCAACUUGUCCGGCAGACAACCUCCGAGACUGGGCUUGCUAGAACUAGGCUCGGUGCACUGUUUCGUCGCCCUGCCUCGAAUGUUUGCACAAUGGUGUCGGUUCUUGCUGCUGCCCACGGUCGUUCAGAGCUCUGUUACUGUCCUGACGGGCGAUGGUGGGUUCUGCGAAGACGGGAGAUGCAUCAACUGCAACUUCUGCGACGGGGACUGCUUUGAUGCUUGCAGCUGCAACUCAGAGCUGAACACCUGCUGUUGCCUCGCUCCACCGGGGCACUUCUCACGUGGCUACGAGAAGAUCUCGUGUCCUGGCGGCACCUACCAAGACCUAGCUGGACAGCGUAGCUGCAAGCCGUGUAGCACCGAUGCUUCAGUCCUGUUCAACGUGGACAUGAGAGGUGCCGUCGACUUGGUGGACUGCGAGGAGGCGAAGUGCUCCAACGAGAACGUUUGUGGUGCCAACUUGACUGACUGCUCGGCCACAUGCGUAUCGUCGAUUUUCGUCGAGACAGCGAUGUAUGCUCAUCCGACGAACACCACUUUCUGUUCCGGGUUGGAGCAGCCCAUCGCAGAGCGAGGCUGCUCUUGGCAAAGCACAACAAGCGCAGCACCAGUCUUGCGCGGGAGUGUACAGGUGCUCCUUUCUCUCAUCAUGCUGUGCACGAUGAAAGAGCUUUAG